AUGACAUCCUCUUUGCCCCCUCUCUCUCUCUCUCUUUUCUCUCUCUCUCUCUCUCUCUCUCUCUCUCUCUCUCUCUCUCUCUCUCUCUGCCUUCCACAAAACUCAGAUAGGAUUUUGUCCAUCCCCUUUGCCCUCUCUCUCGCAUUUCGCCGUCCUCUUUGGUUUCCCUUUCCUCUCUUUGAUUCUCUCUUUCACUUUCUCUCUUUUUCGUCCACUUUCUUUCUUCUUCUUCCUCUUUCCCAUCCACUCUCUAUGUCUCAAUACUUCUAUCAUUCUUGUAAAGAAAACCCAAACGAUAGCGAUAGCCUCUUUGUUCCUCCUUUCCUCUCUGAUCCUCUUUCUCUCUCUCUCUCUCUCUCUCUCUCUCUCUCUCUCUCUCUCUCUCUCUCUCUCAUCCACAAAACUCAGAUAGGGUUUUAUGCAUUCUCUUUGCUCUCUUUCUCUUAUUUCCUUAAUUUCCCCCUCCCUCCCUCUCUCUCUCUCUCUCUCUCUCUGUCAUUCUUACGACAAAAUUCUAUUUUCCAAGUCUAUCCUAUUUGA